AUGAAGUGGCCAGUUUGGACGCUGCUGAUUAGAUGCAGCCUUGCGAGCGUUUUGGCAGAAACUAGGACCAAGUCCGACCCCUCGCUGCGAGAGUUUCGGGAUCCGAAUGGCCGACUCUUCCGCUUAAACCUGAAGACUGGCGCCACAGAAUGGGAGGAUGAGAAGUCCCAAAGAUCCGGCGAACCUGGCCAUGCUGAGUUGGAGGACUGGUUGGGAGGAUCAGAUCCUGCGGCUGAAGAAGUGCGGCAGGACCUGGCUCUGGACCUGGGGAUGCGGCCUGCGAGUGCUCCACGAGAAAGCCGUUCCGGCCAGGCCUCCGCAGCAUUGAAGUCACUGAGGGCCAAAGUGGAGACCAAGCCCUCGAAGCAAAAGAUGUUGGAGAGCCAGGCGGAUAAGAAGAGUGUCAAGGGAUUUGGAUCGGUGGUCACAGCGACCUCCAGGCAGGUGCGAGAUCGGGCCUGGGCUCAGGCGCAACAGAAAGUGCCGGAGUCCGAUGGAUCGAGGACUGGGAACCCUGGGAUCACCGCACGGAGCGAUGGGAUCCAUGGGGCUCAUGGGACCUCCAAUGGGGCCACUGGGGCCACUGGGGCCUUCCCAAGCUCGGAUCGGGAGCUCCUCAACAGAGGCAAGAAGCUUCUGGCAAAGUUGGAGAAGGAAGAGCUUGAUGCCGUGGCUGUUCGCGAAAAGCCACUGAAGUAG